AUGUUUUCCUUACCCCGCACUGGCAUUUGCAGUGACGAGGGUCUCACGGAUAACACACCCAUUGUGCUUCACGGGCAUUCCAGUGUGGAUUUCAAUUGUCUUCUUGAUCACCUUUUUGGAAAGCUCCAGGAUACAGAUAGCGACAGCAACGGCGACACAGAACAAGUCAACAACACACCACCAGAAUCUGUGUCCACUCUUGUGUCACUUCUGACUAUUAGUGCCAUCUUUGAUCUUUGUCACCAGUUCAAAAUCCUUCCAUGGCUGACUCUCGCAUUCAGAGAGCUCGUUUCACUCCCCAUUGAAAGCCUCGGACCAGCAGGCUUAGAAAAAAUUCCUGCCUACAUCUUACAUGCACUAAUUCAAGUUAAACAUCAGAUUUCUACACACCGGCUCACCCUGGCAGCUGUUGUUCCCCCUGCUAUGGCCGGGAUGCUUUGCCAUACACCAAUGUCAUGUGCCGACGGUUGGGAAACAGGUUGGAAAGCUGGCCCUGCUGAGAUGUUGCGACACCCUGAUAUCUUCUAUUCCAGCUGGGAUAUUCUUGCACACCUCAAUUCGGUCGAGAUUCCACAGGUUUGCAGUGAUUGCCAGGAAUCUUCCGUCGCAAACAUGAAGGAAACAGGGUGUCUCUUGAUGGAAGAUGGAUUUGUAGAGGACAAGCUCGAGGGACUGAGGGCCUGGUUGAUGUCUCACUAA